AUGGCCCCUCUUGUUCCUGUGUUCUCGGUAGAAAACCUGCCGGACCAUGUCCAAACCGUGCGCCGCAAUUUCCAAGACAAACGUCGCAAAGGUCCAGCCGUGGACCUGAAGGAGUGCCAGCUCCUCGAGAUGGUGCAGUAUUCAUGCAACCCGCCGCAAGACGACGUUCCACAACCCGGUGUCAUUACAUGCAAGCCAAUAGUCCGGCUGUUUCGGCGGUGCGCCGGAGGAUUGACCGUUGAGACGACAGCAUGGGAGCCCAUCAGACAGGCAGCGGAAGAGAGUCAACAACAUGCGACAAAGAAUAAUUAG